AACUCACACGAAGAAGUAAACGGAAGUGAACAGUUAUAACAAGUUAAUUUCCACGUUAUCGUUUUUAUUUAGACGUGUAUUGACACACUGGAACUCAAAAUAUGACUCCUUUAACUGUAUAGCAUCAAACCCCAUGUCGUGUUUAAUUCACGUUCGAGACGGGACUUGGUUGAUAGCUGUUAUUUAGGAAACGCUAGCUAGCUAGCUGCUAACGUUAGCAAAAAUGGCUAACUGUAUGGUUUUUCACACUCAAAUAGCCUCCAUCAUGGAGGUGCUUGCGAAUGCAGCCGUGGCAGAGAUCUGUAAACUGGUAGACGAUGACUAUGCAGUGUUUCGUUUGGAAAUAAAUCAAAGCCAGAAAGAAAACAGGGCAUUGCGGAGGAAACUACUAGAACUGAAGGUUGCACGGGAGCGCGCAGAGAGAACAAUGCGAGAGCGCGUCCUCGCCAGUCGCCCAAGUAGUGUCAAGAUCCUUGACCGAUACAGAGGAAUGACAAGAGGUGAAGGACAUCUCACUGGAGGCCACAGAAGCUUUGUGAAGCCAGCAGAACACAAUACAUGGAGAGAUGACCAAACAAUCACUGUUGAUGAGGGGAGUGGAACCUCAACCCAGCACAUUAUCAUGAUAGAGUCUACAGAUCCAGAGGCUGCAGGUCCUGGGGUCAAACUGGAGAGGUCUGAAGGAGAGGAGGACCCACGGAACAUCAGAGACAUUCAGUCUGGAGCGCCCUCUGUAGCUACCGAGGACCCCAACACCCCAGCGCAGCCCAGGACCCGACACAGCAUCACGGAGGAGGAGGAGGGUCCAGAGGUGCUGCUGGUGAAGGAGGAGGGGUGUGAGGAGGGUCUGGGGAACCCGGAGGGUCCCAUGGUCAUGGAGGACAACCAGACUACACCUCCUCCUGAAUCCACAGAGGAACCAGCUGAGCAGCACAGGACCAAACACAGUCUCACUGAGUCAGUAGACAUGGAGGAUGGGAAUCUUGAUCUGUUGCUAGUCAAAGAGGAGACGAUAGAAGAUGGACCAGAGAGCAUUGACCUUUUGAGUGGACUAAAGAUGGGGGAGCAAGGUGGUUGGCUGGAGGCUAACAGGGGAGACUGGGUGGCCAUCUUGGAUUCCCAGAACCAGAUGGGUGCAACCAAGGGCCCAGGGGACAUCACUGAGAAGGCCAGGACCAGAGGCGACAUAGUGGAGGUCAGUGGAUGGGACAGCGUUCUCAACUCUGGGCUGGGGAACAACACUGAUAACCACAACCAGAAACAGACUGUUGAACCCAAAACAAUAACCAAACUUAGUCUCCAUGGCAAUAGACUGUCUGAGACCAGGGCAAGGUGUAGAUUUGGUAUGCGGGGACAGGGAGGUGUCAGUAUGCGAGGAGAGAGAACAACAGACACAGACUGGGCUAGCAAUGCUCCGUCCUGCUCCUAUAAUUGGGAUUCAGAGACAUUGGUGGCGCCUCAGGUUAACCCCCUAAUAGGUGCUUCCUUCAGCCUGCCUUCUAUAGGAUCUAUAAACUGGAACAUGGACCCUGCAACAACACGGACAUUCCCUGGCCUUCAUCCUCCUCACACUUUCCUAAUGUUAAACCAGACUUCCGACAAUGCCAGUGGCUCAACACCAAAUGGCUACACAAGCCCAUUGACAAAUUACAGUAGCAGUAACUCUAUCUGCAGAUCCGGUGGCAAAGAGAAGCGCUUCCCGUGUUUGUUCUGUGGGAAAGCCUUCAGUUUCCCCAAACAGGUGGAGAUCCAUCAGAGGAUGCACACAGGGGAGAAACCCUACAGUUGUACCCAUUGUCAAAUGUGCUUCGCUCAGGCUGGUCACCUCAAGAGACACCAGAGGGUCCACACAGGGGAGAAACCCUACAGCUGCCCCCAGUGUGAGAAGAGGUUCUCCCACCAGCACCAGCUGAAGAUGCACCUGAAAGUCCACACGGGAGAGAGGCCGUUCGCCUGUACGCAUUGUGGGAAGAGGUUCUCAGAGAGGAGCCACCUCAGGAUACACCAGCAGAAAAUGCACACGGCCCAUGUAUAGUGACAUGUAAUGUAGUACUAGUUUGUAGUUAAAUCUGUUGGUUUUGGAUGUAGUACUGAACUGGAUGAAGUGAACCAGAUGAAGUAAACCGAGGAAAGAAUGAGUAUGAUGAGGCAGAGUAGAUGAUAUGGUGAUGGUUGGUGUGAAGGUGUCUGUAAAAACUAUUCACUGGUAUAAAGUAUUGAAAAUAUGUGAAAGGUAAUGUUGAACCUUUUCCAAAGUUUUCUCAAAUGAAUUGUAUCAAAGCGAUGGUACUAGAUCUACAGAAGAUUGUACCAGAGUGAGACAAGUUAUUCAACUUGUCACGCAUCGUUUUGUGCAAUAAAAGUACUUUACUUCACGUUAUGUGAGUAUAUGACCAUUUUGUUUAAAUUAAAUUCAAAAUUGACUCUG